AUGUCUGACGCUACUCCGACCGGCGAAGGUCUCUCGAUUUCGUCUGUUUACGACAGUUAUACGGAGAAGCAGUUGUUAGCAGCUUUGUACGGUCUGAUCUUUGUCGCCGGUGUGCUAGGCAACAGCUCUGUCUUGCUGGCCGUGGUUCUCUCCCGUAAACCUCGCACAACCACCAACGUUUUCGUGGUCAACUUGGCCGUGGCGGACCUCAUCACCUGCCUGAGUUUGCCCAUUAUGAUCCUGGCAGUUCUGAGCGAGAACAGGGAGAAGCUGCUCGUUUCCAACAAUCUCUGCUCUUUUCAGGGAUUCGUUCUCAUCGUCUGCAUCGGCUGUAGCUUUAAUAACAUCGCGUCGAUCGCCGUCUACCGCGCCAUGAUCACUCGUCAGAGGAAUCGAAGCCGUCUAAUCUGGUUGUUCAACCGUCGGUGUGUGGCUGCUAUGGUCGCUAUCAACUGGCUAAUUCCCUUCGCCGUCGGCAUCCUGCCCGUCGUAUCCGAGUUUGGCUCGUAUGAAUACGAUGAUAAACUGAACACCUGUUCCUUCAACCCGACAGACCAGGGCUCCGGUACGUUCUCCAUAAUCCUGGUGGCCAUCUUCUACCCUGUGCAGCUCUUGGCCACUUUCCUGAGUUAUUCGUUCAUCCUAUUCACGGUGAAAAAUUACUUCAGAAGAGUCAACGUCCUCUCUGAUGAGCCGCCCUUGGCCGUCGUAGGUGGGGUCAUGAGACCACCUUCACAUUCACAACCAGGAACAUCCCAACAGCAUCAUUUAUCAGGCUCAGCCCGCGAAGCCUUUUCAGCAAGCAACCAGGAGUUGCCGUUAACUGCUCCAAUACUUUGGGGAGGUAGACACAGAUAUUUACCCGCCAAUCGUCCGCCUUCACACGCUGCCGCUGCCAGACAGCCAGCUCGAGCCAGGCCCCGAUUUCGUCGCAACCUGGACGUCACCUUCAGUUUAUUUCUCGUUGUCUUCUUCUUCAUACUGUGCUGUACCCCCUACUCGGUACUGAUCGCGCUUCUCGAGGACAAGUCUCAAAAGUAUGUCCCCUUUCUGGGCGCGCUUCUUGUCAGCAAUAGCUGCAUAAACCCAGUGAUUUAUACGGCCCGGCACCCAGACUUCAAGGCAGUUAUUCGCUGUAUCAUGCUCUGUAGAUUCCCCAAGAUACCCAUGAAAUCGGCCUUUCUCUUACGUUUGCUCCGGUUUCAGAGAAGGUGA